GUCACAGAGCCGGAAGUAGUCGAAACUGGCGCCGUGGUUAAAAACAAAGCCGCGUUCGUGCUGUUCGACAUGAAAGGACGUUAAAAACGUGAACAGCUGGGAAAUGUUUUAAAAGAUUAUGUAAUUAGCUAAUGUUAAAGUUAAAAUGGAUGUAUCAUCUCUCAUUAAAAAACUCGCUCACUCGUUAGUGGAGAUCCGAGUUCGCUCCCUGAGGAACAUUGUCUCCAAGCUCCAGCUCAGUCUCGUCUCCCCGUCUGAUCUUGUUCAGGAGCGACAGCUCUUCAUCAACCUGCUGCACUGGUUUAACUUCCCUGAAGUCCCGCUGCAGGAGGAAGUGCUGCAGCUCAUUAACACACUCGCUACGCAUCCAACCGGAGCCUUUAUGUUGAGAGAUGUAGGCGGAGUGGACUUUCUUACACAGCUCCUGUCCAACAUUGACCCCCAGCUUCGAAAUAUCACAGAGACGAUCCUCGACCAGCUCUUCCAUCUUCAUAUUUACCCGCAGAGCACUUGCUCUGACCAGCCAUUGAGCUCCGAUUUUCAGCCUGUGGAGGAGAUGUCAGUUAGAGGAUAUUUCCAGCAAAAUGCACCGAGCCAAACAGAUGCUGCGCCACCUCCCAGUGUAUCAGCGAACACCUCUGUAAGAUGCUUAACGUUUUCAGUUUUUCCUUGGUUGUCUUUGACUGCAACUGACAGACACAUAUUAUCAUCGAAUGAAAGCUCUUUGAGAAGCGAUAAUCCAGACUUAGUGCGGACCACCUGCGAGCUUCUGCGAGACGUCAUCAUGCAGGACUUUCCAGCAGAAAUAUUCCUGCAGCGGCCAAGUAUAGUGCAAAAUCUGGUGCAGCUUCUCAGUGUGAGAUCAGAGAAUGAUUCCAGCUCGUUGGCUCUCCACGCUCUGGCCUGCCUUCAGCAGCUCUGUGGAAACCUGAAAAGUCGGCUGCGCUUCCACAGAGAUGCCAGCUUCUGCUCAGCCAAGCACGAUCCACUCUCUCAGAACUCCUCGACGUCGUAUCCUCAGGAGGCCAGAGGGACCCAGAGGUCAGGGGUUUCAACCCCGGAAGAUUUGUCCCCCCGCCCUUCUGCUCUAGGACGUCCUGGUAUGAGAGUCCGAGGGGACGGACAGGACGGCGAUGCCGCCUCCACCAGCAGCAGCAGCGGCAGCUCUCAGAGAGAAUUUCCCCCCGGGCCCAACCUGGAGCCGGAUGGCGAGGAUCCGCCGGAGCUCCGGGUGCAUCAGUGGAACAUGGCCAGAUUUUGCAUGGAGACCCUACAGCACACACUUCCUCUCCUCAGGACAGAGAAGAUGAAGGUUUUCCAGAAGGCGCUGGAGCUGUUGUCGGAUAUCCUCGCGUUGCUAAGGGUCAUCGUGUCCCCGCAUGAGCUGUGGGAAGAGUGCAGCAUCACUGCAAAUGAACUGAGAGAGAAGCUGCUGGAGUGUAUGGAAAAGCUGGGAGACAUCAUGUGCCAUCACUGUCACGUGGCAUCAUCAGAGGAAUCUGACUCAACUCUGAUUCACCACCGCAUGUCCUACACGGGCACUUCUGUCUUCACGAUUCGCCUUCUGCAAACCCUCCUACCUGUGGAGAAGGCAAGUGAGAACCUUCCUGAGAGCACAGUGUCUGCUGUUUUCCAUCUCUGUCUGGAUUUCCCCUUCGGUCUCGCAUUUCCCAGCAUUCACGAGUCAGCAGUGGCCUACCUGGAGCAGUCAAACUCUGAAAACCAUAGCCUGUACUGCAGAGUUAGCCGAGCUGCUAACACAAUGGAGGCCACGUGUUCUUUUCUAAAGGAGGUUCAGGCUGAGGGAGAAAAGAAUUGGCUGGAGCUGCUGGAACUCGCUGGCCAAGCCAUGGAUGGCUUUCCCUACCAUCAGCACCUACCGCUCAUCAAGGAAUUCGUCCGCAUCUGCUCCUACCUGUGGAAGUCUGCUCAGGCAAGCCCACUGCUUCAGAUGGAGAGCCAGAAGAUUCUUCUGAAGCUUUUAUCACAUCCUCUGCUGCCAGUGAAGGCUGAGACAUACGCACGCACUCUGGAUGUGGUCAAGGAGUGUUUGGGCAUUCAUAACGUGUCCAGACCAGCUUCAUCCAUCUGCAGCGGUGUGCAUUUCCUUUUCCACCCUCGCGUCCUUUAUGAAAUCAGUGCCUUUGGCCUUCAUGAUCAAGCAAAAGAGGUGAAUUCGGCUGCCAAGGAUCUUCUUCUGUACCUGCUCAAGGGACGAUUGAUGAUGACUGCUUUGAGUUGGAGUAGAUUUAAUGAAUCGCUUUACCCGGUCAUUCCCGUGCUGCAGAGUCACGCAGGCACAGAGGAUGCCCUGGGAAACAGCAUCCUGCUGAUAAGUGGGCUCUCGGAUGAGAUUGGAGGCACGGCCCAUUCCGCAGCACCUCGACUCCGCGCCGUAAUCAGACUGCUCUUCACCAAACAACAUGUGGUGAGAAGCACAGCAGCUCAACACCUGUCACCUCAUCUGGCCAGUUCAGAAGACAACAGAACGUCCCGGCUUGCUGUGGACAGCUCGACUCUGUCAUCACUGCCGUCUCUCUAUGUUACUGACAAAUGUGUGGACAUCAGACUAGACGACUCCAACAAGUCUUACCUUAAGGUGGAGUGUGUGAAUAAGCUGUACAGUAUCUUUACCUCGGAGACGGUGGAUAUGGUCCUGCGCAAAUCCGCAGCCGAACAGCUGGUGGUUGUUUUGCAGGAUACUACAACGCACGCUGUACUGAAGACGCAGGGACUGACGGACAAACUCGUGGCUUUGAUUACAGAGAGCGUGAACAGCUGUGGAGGGUCUGUCGAGUGUCUGUCCGAGCCGAGCAUUACGAUGCUGAGGAAGUUAGUAUAUGCAGAUCCGUCUCUGCGUCACACACUGGCUCAGCAACCGGCUUUCCUCCUCACUCUGCUCCAAGCCUCCCUGCUGAUGAAGGCCAACCAGAGAGACGUGACUGAAGCCGCAGCACUGAUGUGUUUCCUGCUUUUUGAUGAGAUUGCCACAGUGGAUGUGUGCACCGGAAAAGCUGACAAAGAUACAGCCAUCACUCCGUUCUCUCUGCCGGUCUGCGUUAUCAGAAGGUAUAAUCUACCGUUUCGCGCUGCGUCUCACCACGCGGUGAGUCCCAACUGCAUCGUUCUGCCUCUUUAUACUGAUCUGAUGGAGCUGAGAGCUGCCAAGGAGGCACUGAGCUUCAGCUGGAACAGAGCCUGGCACUGCGGCACCGACACUCUGCUCACACGCAGGAGAGACAACGCCACUCACACACCUGAGUUUCAUGCUGAUCUGGUGAUGUCAGAGUCUCAGGUCAUGUCAGUGCGAGUGUGUGAUGUGAGAGCAGGGCUUCAAGAGUGUGUUAAUGCGAUUCGGUCAGCCGGCUCACACACCGGGGUGACCUUCGCUCUGACCAGAAUACACCUUUAUCUCCUGACUGAUCAGUUAGCCCUUAAACACAACGCACACUCCGCCAAGAGCACACUGCAGAAACUCAGCUGGCAUGGAGCUGUGGAGAGAUUUCUCCAGGUGAAACCUGCUUGCCCUGAGGAUGAAAUGCUGCUAACGGAUGUCAUAUCGUUCCUGAACACUUUCUUCAAGCAACAUCAAUCUGAUUCUGAUGAUCAAGAUCUGAAAUGGCUCCUAGAAUUACUCCUGAAACAGGACACACACGUCCUGCUGGACCUACUGCUAGACGUGAAGACACACAAAGACUCUCAGAGACACACCGCGAUUCAACACUGCGGACAUCAACUGCAGAGAGAGCUGACCUCGCUGUUCAACACACUGCUGCUGCGUCUCACACACACCUCCGACAGGAUGUGUAUGCUCCUCUCCGGGCCGUUAGCAUCGGAGUUUGCCGUCCGUCUGCUGCAGUGUCUCCGUGUUUCAGAUGCCCCACGUUUUUACGGCCUCCCCUCUCUGGAGCGUUCUCUACGCAGCAUGACACACACCACCGCUCUGCCCGGCUGGAGCACUCACACAAGCAGCAUGGAGCCACACACACUCUGCCAGAAAUACCUUAGCGGCCUACUUGAGGUAAUUUCCUCUUUCUAUGUGGAGUGGGGAGGGAAUGCCAUGUCCUUUAUGGGAAAAGGAGUGACCAAGAAUGCAGUGAUCUCUCUGCUUCAUCUGUCCCAUGAGAUGAUGUCUGAGAGCAAGGAGAAGGACUGGAUGUCUCUCUGGUCUCUUGGGCCUGAACAGAGUGCUGAUGAUCCGUGUUCAGCUCAGUUUGGCCUCGCUUGGUUAAUCCCACUGUGGGUGGAUCGUGACCCAGAGGUGCGCUGUGCCAGCCUGGCGCUGGGCGCGGCUCUCUCUACGUUAGAAAGCGGCUGUGUGAUGUUGUCGAAUAGCUGCCAGAACAUCUCAGGCGGUUUGUGGGCGACGCUGCUCAACAUCCUGCUGGAGAGACAGGAGUGCAGCAUGGUGCGCCGAGAGGCAGCGUUUCUUUUACAAAACCUGCUUGUGAUGCCGAUGCCUGCCAACACAGAGGAGGCCAAAGACUGCUUCUGGCAGAGCCCAUGUGUUCAUGAUGAAGGAUCUGGCGUGUCGUUGGUGGGUCUCCCGGCACUGCAGGCUCUUCUCUAUCACUGCCAUUUUUUUGAUCAUGUGGGUCAGAUGGUGAGGAGUUGCUACACGGGUCGAUACACUCCCACACACCCUUGGCCCAUCAGUGCCUCUGCUGAUGUAGAUGACUCUGUGAGGCAGUGGAGAGGCAGUACAGCUGUGCUGAAUCACACACAGGGUUCAGGAUCCAUUUCCACCUCCAGCACUUUGCUCCUGAGUGACACUCGUUCUCCCGUCCUCUCCUCCUCUGUAGCAGCACAGGAGCCUCCAUUCAACAGACUCAGCACACAAGGUCAGAGUGACUCAGACACCUCAGGUUCGUGUCUGUCUCACGAGUGUGUAGAAGGAUCAGAGUGCAUCUCUGUAGUAACCCCUCACCUACUGUCAGCUGUGUGUGGAUUACUAACCAACCUGCUGUGUGUUCUGCCUGAGUUCACACACACUGCGCUCCGAGAGAACCACAUCCUGCAGGGCUUGCUCAGUGUGUUAGAUGCAGUGGAGAUAGAGCGAUGCCUGAAUGAGCUUAACACACCUGAUCUCCUUCCGGCUGAUGUGGAGGAUGCCAGGAGCCAGGUACUGAGUAGUGUGUGUUACGUGCGGAGUGUGUGUAAGCUGGUACAGGCCGAUGUUGUGCUCAGUGAGGAUUGUCUCUCCCAGUCAGAGCUCAUUAAACCUCUGCUGAAUAACCUCAUCUCCAUCCUCACACUCUCUCACACACACCUCGAUGUGCAUACCCAGAAUGCAUUGCUACACACCUGGACAGAUGUGUUUACGCUGCUGGCGAGUCUGCUGCGCAGGAACUACGCGGCAUGCGGCCCACAUGUGCGCGGGACUCUGGGGAAACGCUGGCAGCGCUUCUCAGACACCAUCCGUACGUGUGUGGACCAGUGCGGUUCGGAUUCAUCGCUCUACAACGUGUCUGCGCAGUUCCUGUGUGUGUUGUUUUCUGAAGAGGCAAAGAAGCGAGGGACGAGUGAAGAGAAAUCAGCUUCUCUAACUGCUGCUCUGAAUUCCGAAUCCGGGGAGAAACUGUGUGAAUUACUGCUGGAGCGAUAUGAUAAGACUCAGUUCCAGGACCCUCUUAAGAAGGUCACAGCUAAAGUCCUCAUGCCUCUCCUUGCCUGCAGCUCCAGCGCUCAAAGUUACGCCUGCAAAGCGGGUCUUAUCGACAGCUGUGUGGAACAGAUCAAGCAGAUCCACUCUCAGCUUCACCUGGAGUCUGUAAGACCAGGCAAAACCACACACAGGAAGAAGGACGAGAACAGCAUGAAGGAGCUCAGGAUGGUGCUGGAGAUCCUGAGGAAUUGUCUGUAUCAACAUAAAGAGUGUAAAGAAGUAGCAACGGAUUUAAAACUCUCCUCUGUCUUGUUGUCUCUUUGGCCGUGGCUCCUUCUGAAUGACUCUGGCACGAUCGCAGCAUUAGAACUGCUCUGCGUAUACACAGCCAACUGCGCUGCAGCUUGCAGUGCUGUAUGUGGUAGUUCAGCUCACGCUGCUUUACCUAGAAAUCCUGUGACGAACUCUCUGAUGCAUGCAGUGAUGAAGUUGGCGUCGCAGGUUCCUCCUGAUAAUAACAGCAUCCAUGCUCUUUCUUUCUCUCUGCUCGCUAAUUUGUCUAUCUCCAGAGACUGCAGAGGCCUCCUACAGAAGAGCAACUUCCUACAGCACUUCCUGUCUCUCCCUAUGCCUCGGGUGAGCGGUAAAAGCAGUAAAAGCAGCACAGCAGCAGUGAUUCUCUCUCAGUGGCUCCAGCUGCUGCUGAACAUCUCUUUUGAGGAAGACGGUCAGCAGAUGAUCAUGAAGAUGCGGGGAGCUCUGGAGAUGUUGACGGAUUUGGCUCAGGGCAAACACGGAGACAAAAAACACACGGCACUGCUCAUCCUCCAUAACAUCUGCUUCUGCUCAGCGAAUAAACCUCGAGUCCUCGCCUGUGAUAAAGCUGUAGAGCUGCUCGUGUCAUGUUUGGAGAGCAGCUCAUUAAACGUCCGUGCUCUCGGAGCUUCAGCACUGUGGGCUUUACUGCACAACUAUCAGAAGGCAAAGGUGACCCUGAAGUGUCCCUCCAUCAGACUGAAAGUGGACGGAGCAUACGCACUCACUAAGAAAGGUGCAGAACCAAAAAUAGAAGAGAACACAAACAUAUAUUUACUGAAAUGCCUUGAACAUCUCAGCCGUCUUUUAAACACAUAAGUGCCAUAGUCUUAAUGAAUGUUAGUGCAAAAAGUCAUGGAAAAUGUGAAUUAAUAUUUUAUAUUACAAUUUUGUUGUUUCUUAUUUCAACAUAUUUAAAGACACCUGACACUAAUGUUAUUUAAAUCAUGGCUUCUGCAAUCUGAAAUAAAUUUUUUUAUAGUUCACCUGUU